AUGCGUUUUGUAAUAACCCUAAUUCGGAAGGCGUGGAAGAAGAAGCACCGGUUACGCUAUCUGGAGGUGUUCUUACCGGAUAAGCCACCAGGACGGGACUGGGACUCUUUUCCGGACCUGCUACAUCCGGCACUGAAAACGUAUUACGUCAAAUCCCUUGUCCGGGACUUAUCCGAAUCACUAGAGGGAGGGGAUGUCGAGAUAAGGAUCGAUAUUAACCCCGGCAACAACGCUGUUGGUGAGAAGGAUGACAUGAAAGAGAAUGCCCUGCACUGGGCAAUAUGGAGAAAAGACGAUGACAUCGCAGAGCGUAUUUUGUCGAUGUCCGGCUCAGCCCUAGAUGAAGGCAACAUUGCGGGCAGAACACCUCUCCAUCUGGCCUCGGGCAGAGGAACGCUAAAGUCACUACAGCUGCUGCUUGCUCACGGUUUUGAUGUUGAUCGAAGAUCUUAUGGUGAAACACCUCUCAGCGAGGCUGUCCGAAGGAGAGAUGCGGCGAAAGUGGCGCUGUUGUUGACCGAGGGCCGGGCUACACCAGACUUACACUUGGACGAAGACACGCCUACGGCAUUAUGGGUGGCUGCAAGCAUUAAUGAUAUGACUAUAGUGAACUCGCUACUAGCGUAUCCGGCGGUGAACGUUGACGUUCAGAAUAUUGAACAAAAGACGCCAUUACACGUAGUGAUCGAAAGACACGGCGAUAAAGGCUUGGAAGUCGUGAGAGCGCUGCGAACGCGAGCGGUUGCGAGCCUGGGCAUGAAGGACAACAGUGGUCUUACUCCAUUAUCGCUUGCGGAGGCACAAGGCUACUCGCAGGUUGUGCAAGAGUUUCGUAAACCAUGA